AAAAGAAAGAGCAAACUUCAAGGUUGUCAUUUGCAGCAUGAUUACUCAUGCACAUAUAGACUACAUCCUAUAGCUUUAAAAACAUUAAACCAGAUGAAAUGCUUCUGCUUUUUUGUCUUUACAGAGAAAAACAAGUAGGAAAACAGGAAAGGGUUAGUCCCCACACCACUGCAUGAUUAUGAAACCACUGUGAUCAUGUGAUGCCUUCUCCCAUCAUCAUCAUGACAAGUUGGAAGUCUGACCUUCCGCCAGCACACAAUUUGCCAAGCAGGGACUGAGGAGCACAAUACAACAGCAGUGCACUUUAGAAAACACUAGGGGCGGAGUUUGACCUCUCAGGUCUCAGAACAUCACUAAUCCGAGUCGGACAUUCCGGUCCAGGCCAUCAUCGACCCAGUUCGCGCGGAAGAUGGGAGAGAUUUCCUGCAAAACAACACGAUCCUGGCCGCUCUGCGCGGUUCCCCGCUGAGCUGCUGCCUGCCUGUCGCGGCUGCGUGUCGGAGGAUGCAGCGCAGAUAGAGCGCCGCGUGCGCCAGGGGGAGCAUCUCUCUGCAGUUGUUCGUUGUGUUAGCGGGAUGCAGGAGAAAGUCUGGGGAUUUGAGCGCUGACAGCUCGGCCGGAGGAGAGAGGUACCCGCCGCCGUCACAGACCACCGUGAAGGUGUGUGGGGAUGAGAUGGAUGGAGCCCAUGGCCAGGCCAGUGCACCAGCUCCCAUGUCCCACCACAUCCAGCUGCAGCAAGUCUCCCUCCAACUCUGGAGAAGCUGCAGCCUCUAACUCCAUGGCAUGGGUGAAGAUGUUUAAGAAACCCGGAGGAGGCCUGAAGAAAUCCUACCAGCCUGGAAGCAUGCUUUCACUCGCUCUUACAAAAGGUCUGCUGAACGAGCCAGGGCAGAACAGUUGCUUCCUCAACAGCGCUGUUCAGGUGCUCUGGCAGUUGGACAUUUUCAGGAGAAGUCUGAGGCAGCUCUCAGGUCACUUCUGUCCCCGAGACGGCUGCAUUUUCUGCGCUUUAAAGAGUAUUUUCAGCCAGUUUCAGCAGAGCAGAGAGCGCGUGCUCCCUUCUGACAGCCUGCGCAACGCUCUGGCUGAAACUUUCAAGGAUGAGCAGCGCUUUCAACUUGGUUUGAUGGAUGAUGCUGCGGAGUGUUUUGAGAACAUCCUGGAACGAAUUCAUUUGCACAUAGUUUCGGACACAGCGACUGACGCCUGCUCCUCCAAAUCCUGCAUUACUCACCAGAAGUUUGCAAUGAUGCUCUACGAGCAGUUUGUGUGCCGCUGUUGUGGUGCGUCCUCAGAUCCUCACCCGUUCACAGAACUUGUACACUAUGUCUCCACCACUGCUUUAUGCCAGCAGGUUGAUCGCAUGCUGGGGAAGCACGAGCGCCUCCGGUCUGACAUGUUUGGAGAACUGCUGCAGGCAGCAAACAGCACAGGAGAACUGCGGAGCUGCCCCAGUGACUGUGGCCAGAGCAUCAAGAUCCGCCGGGUUCUUAUGAACUGCCCUGAGAUAGUGACCAUCGGAUUUGUGUGGGAUGCUGAACAGUCUGAUCUCACUGACGAUGUCAUCCGCUCCAUCAGCCCCCGCUUAAACUUGUAUGGGCUUUUCAACAGGGUCACUGAUGAAGCUGCCAAACGGAGUGAGCUGCAUCUGGUGGGGAUGAUCUGCUUUUCAAGUAAACAUUACUCAGCUUUUGCAUAUCACACCAAAUCUUCAAAGUGGAUUUUUUUCGAUGAUGCCACUGUGAAGGAGAUUGGAUCCAAAUGGAAGGACGUGGCUUCUAAAUGCAUUAGAGGACACUUCCAACCUCUCCUUUUGUUUUACACUAAUCCUGAGGGGAGUCCGGUCUCUAACGAAGAUGCACCGCGACAAACCACCGUGUGUCCACGAUACAAAGCCCAUGUAAAUGGUGACGUGACCAUGAAACAUCCUUUUGGCAGUCCGAAGCAAUAUCGUGAACCGUUCAUGGAGAACUUGCAAAGACCAAGUGAAACGUCAAAGGACAGAGGACUUCAAAGAAUUGAGCCGCUUCAACACAAAGAUAUCACCAAUGCACGAUCUGCAGCCUCACCAGAGAAUGGACCAAGGCCUCUCAAAAGUUUUUCUGAAAAGCCGUCUAGCAGUUCAUCCAGAGUUCCUCAGGAGCCUCACAGACAGUCCAGCAGUACGCAAAAUAGUCGGAAGUCAAACACGUCCCAAGGUCACUCUGAUCAGGAGAGCCGCCAUGAUCAUUGGGACAAAGGAGCAGGAAGUCGGAACAAGAAUAGCCCCGCCUGGAGGCCCAUCCGGGAGGUUUUGAAUGUGGACACAGUUCUGAACGAGCUGGAGCAGCGGCGUCAGCAGCAGCAAGACAGCAGCAAGACUGUAUCCCAGGAAAGAGGGCGCUCUGAUCAAAGAGUUAGCACGCACGAACAUGCACAAACUGUAGAUGAACGCAAACAAAAGUAUUUAAUGACAAUUUACGAGGAAGAACAUCGGCAAAAAACUGACAGUCACAGCUCUAUGGAGUCAGAGAGCAAGGUCAGCCAACAGAGGAACAGCCGACUCAAAGGCUGCUCCAAGCCUCUGCUGCGAAGUGAUACCUGGACCAUUCAAAGAACAGAGUCUGGCUAUGAGAGCAGUGAUAGACUCAGCAGUGGCUCCACCAAUCCUGACUCUCCAGGCGUUGAUGGUUUUGGCAUUAGACCAGACCAGAGAUCCACACCUGAGGCAUACUUGCAAAGCCAGCUGCAUCAAAAGGGCAUCAGUGCAAAAACGAACAUGACGUCCUCCCCCCCGCAUAAUGGAAAACAUCAGCCCAGACCUCAGGGAAAAAAAUAUGAUCAACCUUCAAUUCCACAUCAGAAGUUCAGUCCAUGUUCAAGACGUAAAUCAAAGUAUGGAAGCAUCUCCAGAAAAGAAAAGAACUUUGCUGGCUCUGAAAACAGGCACAGCGAGUUAGAGGAGCUGACAAACUUCAGAGGGCACAGCGAAGAAAGUACAACCCUGAAGCACAUGACAAAAACCAGUAGCUCUGAAUGGAACAGCUCAGAUGAUCUUGCUCUAUCUGAGUCUGAGGACAGAGAAAGCACUUAUCUCUCAAGUAACAGUGAGGCUGUCUCCUCCGACUCCCAGUGCCCUCAAAUUUCCCUGCAAUACCACCCUCCCAACAACGGGCCUGCAGAAGCUCUCCUACCGAACAGUCUACGUCAGCUCGGUCCAACAGGGUCGCCAAACAUUCGACCCUCGCAACGGAUUUCUCAGCAGGGUGAAGCUAGCCAUGGCUUUAGCUCCAGGACGCUUCAAGAACCCUUUUCAUCAAGUCCUCAUCUUUCAUCUACGUACUUCUUCAGCCCUCACCGGAAGACUGACAUGUCAAGUUUGCGAACUUUCUCAGAUGCUAGUUCGAAAUCAGGCUCUGACCCUGAAAGGAGUACUCAGUCAUCAUGUGAAAGUGAGGAGAGACCUGCUGGGGGUAAAGCGGAGCAGGCAGCGCCAGCUCAAGAAGUUUCUCUGACGACCUACUUCAACGUGGAUAACUGUAUGACGGAAACCUACCGUCUUAAGUACCACAACCAGAGGCCUCUAGUCCUCUCGGCCACAGUGCCACGGACUGCAACCGUGAGUGAGCGCAGAGAGAUCAGCCAAACAUACCCCAACGACUCAAACUCACAGGAUGUGCCAAAAGCCAAACCUGAAACAAGCCAUAACAGCAAUAAAUCUACAGCAAAAUGGAACCCGGUGACAACCAAAGGACUGGAUGAACGAGGUUUUUUAUGAAAGUUGACUCGGUAAGUUUUGAUUCACAGGAAUGAAGAGAAAAAAACGGAUGCCAAAGAGUUUACGGAUUGAACACGUGCUCAGAAGCCCUGACCACUUCAAACCAGGAGGGACCUGUUUAAUGGAGCCUGUAACAUGAGCAAAUGAAUCCUGCUAUGCAUUGUUGGAUGGAUCGUCAGAAGUCCUCUAUUGUCCUGCAGUACGAAUGAACUAAUAUUAAUUGUAUUUCUUUGUUUGCGCCAAGGAUUAAGUAAUUUAUGUCAAUGUUUUUCAAGAACUUUGCUGAGAUUCCGAUAUUUUUUCAUUUAUGCAGAAGUACUGCAGGAAAACGUAAAUAUAUUUAACGGAAGCAUUGACAGAUAAUGGCGAUCCUGAACGUUGAAAAUGUUUAGAGGAAAUAAUCAACUUGUUUCUUAACUGUGUAUUUGUAUGUUUAAGCUACUUUACCUGAUAGUUGUUCAAAGUAAUACAUAAAAAUCAAAACUUGCCUCCUGCACGUUGAAGACGGGUCACCUGAGACCUGCCAGAAGAAUUUGGUUUAAAAGUUUUAUAUGGAUUUUUCUGCACAGCGUAUUGGUACAUUUAUGCACGUGUCACCAGAUCCUGCAACACAAUCAGUUCAACGUCCUUUCAUUUAUCAACUCCUGUACAGCAUUCAUUGUUAAUGAAUGACCGUGAGCUGCCCCACUGUAGUAGCCAUCUUUUUCUGUCAAACUCUAUAACAGAGAAAAUAUUUCUCAGUCCUCCUAAAAAGUGAAAAACACAUUUAAUGCCUCGUAUUAAUGUGCAUCUUGGUGAUUCUUGCAUGGCUGCACUCAGUUUGUAAUAAAACACUGUUUGAGAGCAUGUUAUUCAGUAGGUUGGGAGGUUCUCAGGCUAUUCAGUAAUUCAUGAUGCAAAACUUAAACCUUGUGUGAUUCUGUCUUAGAGUUGACCUGUUGUACUUUUUUUGUAAUUCAAGUUGAUGUCAAACUGUACUUUUUCCAGUCUUCCUCUUUAUGAGUGGACAGAUACAAAAACAGGUCUAUAUUUGCAGGUAUUUUCAUAACGAUGCCAGUGUAACUGACACCUCUGACAAAUUACUAACACUCAUAUUCUUCCUUCCGAUUUUUAAAACCUGCAUGUGGCCUUUAACAGUCUGUCCUUUAGCUUUGUGUGCAUCAUUAGCAUGAACAUAAAAGGCUUAGAGGCGGAGCCUUGUCAACAUUAUGUGGACUUUAUUUUAUUGUAGCAAAAUGAGUCAAUUGGAAAUUUGUAACCUUGGUUAAUUUGGAAACUUGAAUAUUUUUUCUGUCGCUUAAAUAAAAAUAUGCUUAUGCAUUUUGAAUCGAAGUUUGAUGCAAACAAAACGCGGAAAGACAGCAAACGUUUCAACAAAGACUAUGCAUUCUGUAGAUUUUUUUUUAACUUUACAUGCACCUUCUUUAUGUAUCCAGUUCAUCAAACAAUUUACCAGUAACAGAAGUCUUUUGUGUUCUACCUGAAGCUAUGUGCAAACCUUUUUUCUUUUAUAGUUUUUUAAUAUCUUUUCCUACAAACUAUUUUUUUGUAUCUGUUUUUCUCAUCUUUCAAGUAUGUCUGCUCACAAAAAAAACAACAAAAAUACUUUUUCAAGGUGUUUCUCACUGAGCACAUUUAGUCAAUAAUAUCUCAGGCUGUGUUUGUGCUGUCAGAGACCAGAUAAUGUUUAGACUUUCAUGUGUGACCACACCUUUCCCUUUAACUGUAGCAAAUUAUUUCACAUUUCAUUUUGAUUUAAUGAAAGAUUUUCUGCUUUAAAAAAGCUACAUCUCUUUAAUGUAGCUUUUAUUUAAAAUGUUAAUUAUGAUGAAUUUAUUUGAAAUUAAGAACCAUUUACACUCCAAACUAAGUUUUUUUUUUCUAUAAUCAUAGCCUAUUUUAUGACUGAAUUUGAAUGAAGUUAUUCUGUUCUUUGACUCCAAAUGUUCGUCAUAAUGACUGUGCCUUGAUAUCUUUUAUUUCGUUUUAUUUAAGCAAAUAAAUUCCUUUUUGUAAUGCAGGACAUUUUAAAAAAAAUUACUCACUUUUGAGGAUAUAUAUGUAGUAAAAACAUUCAAUAAUGUGUCAUUACAGCUCAUUAUACGUGUUCAUCUCUAAAGUAUGAAAGUCUUCCUGGGGGGCAAGGUUGGAUACUGCAACCUAAACGUUUACUACUACCAACUUUGUUUUUUUGCAACACUAAAGUUGAGUUAGUGUAUGUAUAUGGACAUGUUUUCCCAGCACCCCCAUUCUGUAGCGUACAGUUUAAGGCUUUAUAUUCUCCAAAGGAUUGUUUGACAACGGGUGGUGGUCUCCUGUGCCACAUAUGGUAGCAAGUGAUAUUGUAUCGACAUAAAUCUUUUAUCUUGUGCUAAACACACAGGGACAGACUCUAAUUCUACUGAUGUGCAUCAAAACAAAGAGAACUUUCCACAUUGUGUCACUGAUAUUUUGUGAUGAGUUUGGCCUGAUGUUUCCAGGCCGUGUCGCGCCUCUGUGCUUCUGCCGCACAGAGUGAGUGGACCUGAAUGCAUUUUGACAUGUUUCAGUACCAUUUAACUGCAAGUAACAUGUACAAAAAUGUGUCUGCACUUUCUAUUUUUGGAGAUAAAAUAUUUAUUUUUAUUCAUUGUUGAAUAAAUUUUCAUUUAGUGUCUCACACUUUAA